AUGAAUCGGUGGUCCUCGAUUCAGAAAUGCACAAAUAAGUUUUGUGCAUUUUUAGCACAAGUAGAGUCAUUGCAUCCGAGUGGUGCAACGGAGCAAGACAAGAUUGAGAAGGCGAAACUUUUGUAUAAAGAGAUGGAGAAGAGUAACUUCACAAUGGAGCAUUGUUGGUGUCUUCUUAGACACCAACCAAAAUGGCAACAACACAUCUCCACCCUUGGGACGAGGAGAAGGCCACAAGGUGAAGCUGCUAUUGACACGAUGGAGGAGAACAUGGAGGUUUUUACGGAGAGACCUCUAGGCAAAAAAACUGAAAAAGAAAAGGAGAGGAAGCGGAAGUCGAUGGAAGACAAAGAGUCUAAGAUCAGCAUUUCGUUAGCUAAAAUGACCGAGGAUAGAGCCACGACCAUGGAAGAGCGGAGACAUGCUGCGUUGAAGGCAGACCAAAGAA